GCUGCUGAUGAUUUUCAAAAUGUUCUCCUCGUUUUAGAUUUAUUAAUAUUUUUCUCUCUGUGCCACUGGUGAUGAGUUGUGGGCUAAAAGUUUAGUUUGUAAUUACCAAAGAGAACAUUAAAUACCGAUUCGCUAUAAGUUUUAUAUUGGAAGUUUGAAUAAUGUGCGAUACCCCAAUCCAAAUAUCAUCAGAUGAUUCCGAAAGUAGUAAUGAUUCUAUCAAAAAUUUGCCAUCAGUAGAUUUUCAUUCAUCAUUUAGUUCAGAUAAUACAGCUUCAAGUUCAACAAAUGGAUCUCGCCUUACAACAAGGACAACAGCCAAAACUAAGAAAAAAAAAUAUGCCCCUAAAACACAAAAGAAAGCUACUAAGAAGAAAUCAGUGAAAGAAAAGCUUACUGAACAGAAAGCUGCAAAGACAAAGGUUCAAAAAUUAAACAAGAUUUACAGACCAGGAGAAUGUAUGAAGUUUAUAGAAAUAGUAAUGCACCCAACGUUCUUGGAUAAAUGGUACACGGAAGAUCUUGAAAACGAAAUUCACAUGGGUGGUGUAAGGAUCCUGUCUUCUUCAGAUCUCUUCGAACCAGGUCUAGUGCUGUGGAGACGUAGUGUGCCAUCCUCACUGGUUUCCAUAUAUGGUCAGGUAAAUAAUACGUCACCAGAAGAGCGCUGUGAUCGUGGUUUAUACGUCAUCACGGCUCAAGAUGUAGUCACGUAUGUGUGCGAACACACACUUGUGAGACAUGUCGCCCAGAUACGCGACAUGGCCGAUGUCAAACUUACGCUUGUUAUUUUCGGCGUCCAAGAUUACUUUAAACAUGCAAGAAAGAAGAGUAAACAAAAUAACGACCUUGUUAUGACUGAGAUGGAUUUGGAAAUGGCCAUAACUGAUUUGUUAGUGAGUACUGGAUGCGACGCAGUGCUAUUGGACCAGUCCAUCGAGCUUGCAACGUUAAUAAUGCAUUUCACAAAAGCUAUAGCGUUGGCUCCUUACAAGAAGGCAAAACGCGAGUGCGACGAGCAAGCAGAAUUCUAUAUGAGAGGCUAUAAUAAGAAAUGCGUUCCGGUGGAUAAGGACGGUAAUGGUAUUAGUAGGCUUUGGCAGCAAAUGAUAGCUGUGUUGCCAUAUUGCAGCUUGGAGAAGUCACGCGCCCUCUGUGCCAAAUAUAAGACGCCAUUAGCCUUGUAUGAGACUCUACAGUCACCAGAAGGUGUAAGGGCGGUAGCGGACUUGGGGGUGACCCGCCCUGUGAUUCCCCGUAGUAGGGUGCGUCGUAUCGGUCCAGAGUUUGCCAGAAAACUGCAAAUUUUGUUUACCGCUGAAGACGGAAAUACUUUGAUUGAUUAAACCUUAUGAUUACAUACAAAAUAAUUACACUACAUACAUUACGUACAUUUUUACUUACAAAAUAACAUUUUUUGUAAACUAUUAAAAUAUGAAAAGAUCUCACUAUCAUAGGUAUUAUAGCUUGUGUACUAUUAUAGGCUUUCAGAAUUUUAGUAACAUCUUACAUUUUCAAUCAAUAUACACGAUCAUCAGGUAAAUCAUAUAUAUCAUAUAUCAGACAAAAUGGGAGAGAAUUAUAUGAAGUGUAAACCUUUAUAAAUUAACAUAAACUGACAACAGUUUUCAAUAGUAGUAAUGCAUAAUUCUCUGUAGUAAUAACGAAGUAUUUUAUAUUGAUUUUAUAUUGAUAAAAAUGAAAAAUAAAU